CAUCACCCUGCCUUGCCACUUCUCCUUUGUGGACGGCACCUACGACCUGACCUUCACGUGGAAAGAGAAGACAUCAAGGAAGAACACGAAGUGGAGGACAAAGACUUCUACAAGUUUUUUGUGGCCCUCCAAGAUUUCUAUCAGUUUUACCCGAAGCUGAUCUACAGUUUUGCGGACAACAAAGAGCAGCUGGAGGAGCAGAAUUCUCUGUACGAGGGGAGAAUCUGGGUGGACGACGACGAGAUUUCUGAAGGCAAUUUGGACCUCAUCUUGGAGCAAGUGGAGUUUUCGGAUGAGGCCUUCUACAUCUGCAAGGCCACUAACUCCAGGGGGGCAGGGCAGAAGAAAAUGAAGCUCAUUGUGCAAGGCUGCCAAGUUUCCAGGCCGGGCGGGGUUUCCCCGCUUCAGAGGUUCCCAACCCACCUGCCUGCAUUGGGUGGGAUCCUCCCCCCACGUCACCAGCACGAUGCCAUCACUCGCAGUGAUGUCAUCAUCCCAGCGACAUCACGCCGAAGAGCCACAGGUGCAGUUCAGCACAGUCGACGAUGUCCUGGUGGCCAAUGCAUCUCCGCAGGCUGGUACCACAUGCCCAAGGUGACCUGGCGCAACCGGCGGGAAGAGGACAUCUCCAGCUACGCCGUCACCGACGUCCUAGAAGAGAGGCAGGACGGGUCCCACCGGGUGGUGUCCGUCUUGCACUACCCCGUCCUGCUCCACGAGAUCUACACUUGCCACAUCGAAGAGGAAGAUGUGCUGAACAGGCCCGUGAGAUCCAUCCACAAAGUCCCAAAGAGAAAAUACCACAACAUGUACAACCACUAUUAGAAAUUCAACGACUGGGACCCGCCAAGGCAAGAGGCUGCCACCGCUUCCGCCUCGUGGAUUCUUCUGCUUUGCACAGUAUAC